ACCACUGAGCCUGCGCGCCUAGAACCUGCACUCUCUGCAACCAGAGAAAGCCUGUACGCAGCAAUGAAGACCCAGUGCAGCCAAAAAUAAAUAAAUCUUUAAAAAAAUAUAUAUAUUCCCAGAUCCUGCCUUUGCUGUAUCAUCCCGUCCUGUCCAUCCUUAUCUCCCAUUUGGAGAAUCGGAGCAGCCUCUUGCUUCCUGUCCCCCCACGCAAAGCCAGAGGGACCCUGUGGGCAGCUGCGUCAGGUCACGUGCCUCCCUGCUCAGAGCCCUCCUGUGGCUCCAUCUCCCUGGGGGGGAAAGACAAGUCACUGUGGUCCCCGGGACCCCCGAGAACUGCCCUCUACCUUCCCCUUCUUCCAGCCUCUUUCCUGUUGUGCUCUGGGCAGCCCCCAACCUGCCUGCCUGUUCUCUCAGACUCAGUCCCAACUCAGGCCUCUGCACUUGCUCGACUCUUUCCUAUCCUAGCUAUUCUUCCCGUAAAUCUUGUGCAGUUGCCUGCAUUUUAUCCCUCAGGCCUUAGCCCACAUGUCACCUCCUCAGAGAGGGCUCCCUUGACCAGCCUGGCCAAAGUAAACCCCAGCCUCUAGCUGCCGUGCUCCUGUGAUGCGCCACAGCCAUUUCCUCCUUGCUUUUCUUUUUUUUUUUUAAUAUUUUUUAACUGAGUUGGGUCUUGGUUGCAGUGUGGAGGCUUCUCCCUAGCUGUGGUAAGCAGGCUUCAGAGCACAAGGGCUCAGGUGCCUCAUAGCAUGUGGGAUCUUAGUUCCCUGAUCAGUAAUCAAACCCAUGUCCCUUGCAUUGGAACAUUAGAAGGCAGAUUUUUUUUUAAUUUGGCAGCCUCUGGUCUUAGUUGCAGUGUUAAUCUUACUUUCAGCAUGCAGGAUCUUUCACUGUGGUGCGCAGAUUCCCUAAUUGUGGCACAGGUGGGCUUCAGAAGUUGCCUUGAAGGCUUGGUUGGCCCCAGGGCAUGUGGGACCUUAGUUCUCCGACCAGGGAUCGAACCUGUGUCCCCUGCAUUGCAAGGCGGAUUCUUAACCACUGGACCACUAGGGAAGUCCCUCCUCCUUCCUUGAGUGUUGUCGUCUUCCCUUUCUCAAAUGUCCACUCCAAGAGGCCAGGGAGGUUUGCCUGUAGCCUCAUUCUCUGUUGUAGCCCCAGGGUCUAGAAGAGGGCUGGACGUAACAGUGUGUGUCCAAUAAAAAUGACUGGGAUGAAGGAGCUCAGGCCUCUGUAGUUCUCCAUGCCAGGCAUCACCCAAGCUAACAUGUAUGUGCAUUACUUUAAUCUUUCCCAUCAGGCUGUGGAAUAGGUUGUCACCAGCCCCGUUUCACAAGUAACAGGUCUUGCAUCCAAGCAGUUGUCCCAGGGCUGCACUGCUGGUAGUGGAGGAGCUGGGACUCAGGUGAGGUCCAGUUAUAACUCCAAGAAAGUAGAUUUAUGAGACCGGUUUUCCAGAGGAGAAUAUGGACAAGGGAAGGCAAGGUGUUGCCUGAGGUCUGUAAGUGGUUGCCUCUGGACUCAGAGCAUGUCCCACCUCCCAGUGGGGCCUUAAGCUCAUCAUGCUAUCGUGCUAAGUCACCUCAGUCAUGUCCACUUCUUUGCCACCCCGUGGACUGUAGCCUGUCUCUGUCCAUGGAAUUCUCCAGGCAAGAAUACUGAAGUAAGUAGCCAUUCCCUUCUCCAGGGUAUCUUCUGACCCAGGGAUUGAACCCGGGUCUCCUGCAUUGCAGGCAGAUUCUUUACUGUCUGGGCCACCAGGGAAGCCCCAGUCAGACCCUGUUUAUCUAGGAAGAGAAGCCCCCACCCUCCAAGCAGGCAUUCAGGGGCCGGAAGCUGGAGAGGAGGGUGCAGGGCAGUGGGGCCCCCAUGAAUAAUUGAGGGUCUCAGACAGGUCUCUCUCCGCCCCACAGCUGUUGCCCUGCCUCAGGCGGGGAGGGGGAGGCGGUGACAUCACUUCCUCCUCUGUGGGGGCCAGAGUUCCUCCCUCUGCCCCGGGGAGGGUGGGCGUGGGUUAUAAGGAGCUGCCACCCUGGCCGCACAGCACCAAGGACCUUGGUCUGGACACCCCACCAUGCAGCGCCGAGGGUCCACCUUGCUGCUCUUGCUGGUGCUGCCUGCUCUGCUGGUGCUGCUGUUGGGGGCUGCCACCGCGGCUCCCCUGGCACCCAGGCCCUCCAAGGAGGAGCUGACGCACUGUCUGGCAGAGGUGGUCACAGAAGUGCUGAUGCUGGGCCAGGCCAGGCAAGGCCCCUGCCUGGCUCUCCUCCACAGAGAAAUGUGUGAGACAGAGUCCUCUGGCUGUCGGCCCACUGCAGAGAACGGCCUCCUGGUUGGGGAUUUUAAAAAGCCAGAGGCUGGGAAGACGCGGUCCAGCCAGGAGGUGAGGGAUGAGGAAGAGGAGGAGGCGGCAGAAAGGACGCACAAGUCCGAGGUGCGGGAGCAGGCCGUCCGUGAGCAGCUCCACAGCCGGCUCCACCAGGAGGACCACAAAGAGGAGGAAGAGGAAGAAAAGAAGAGAGGGCCCGUGGAGACCUGGGAGGGCCUGUGGAAGCAGCAUCUGGAGGGCAGCAGGGGCCCCCAGAAGCGGGUGGCAGAGCAGGCCAGCGAUGAGGAGACGACCCAGUUCGAGGCAGAGGAGAAGGGAGUGCAGGUGCUGGGUGGGGGUCGCAGCCUGUGGCAGGGGGUCGAGGCGGGUGGAGAGAGACAUGAGGACCGCCACCACUUCCGCCAGCCAGAAGCUGAGCCCCGGUGGGAGCAGAAGGAAGAGGCUUCGACCAGGGAGGGGCACCAUGUGGAGCGCCUGGAGCACAUGAGCGAUGAGCUGAAGAAGGCGACGGAGAUGCUGCGAGAGGAGCUCAGGAGGGGCGACUGACCUCACGUCCUCCUCCUUCCCCACACACCCUAUACGGCUUAGUACUGUUGACCCCCAACCUGUUACCCCAGCCUGCUCCCCAACCGGCAGGAGUGGGGAGAAGGGUGCGCCUUGAAACCAGGCCUGAGGGGCCAAGUCUGAGCUGGGUGGAGGGGCUGGGCUCCGCCUGACUCAGGACACAGCCCAGAUGCCCUAACACGCUCCAUCCCCCCACCCCGAGUGAAUAAAGCACAGAGAAAACCA